AUGGCAAUUGCACCCCAUACCGGACAUCCUAACGAUUUGGAAGCACCCUCUACUAACGAGCACGGCGCGCCUCGAAAGAUGUUUCGCAAUCGAGAAUUUGAAGAUGAUGUAGGCGAUUCUCAACGCCGAAAACGCCAAACACGUUCUCGAUUGAGUGCCUGUAUACUGGGCGUGGUAACACUGGCUGCAGUUGCAUUUGCCGCCUACUACUUCCUUAUAAAGGAUGGCAUUGAUUUGCAAAAGGGAAACUACCAGCACAAAAAUUUUCAAGGAAGUGUCGCAAUGUCAGCCAUCGAAAUGCAUGCAACGACCGGGGACUGCUGGCUGGCCAUUCAUAGCAAUGUCUAUGACAUGACAGACUAUGCUCCUCUUCAUCCUGGACCGGAUUCGCUGAUUACCGAUCAUUGUGGAACGGAUGCAACAGCCGCCUAUACUUCCAUGCACAGCCAAGCCUUGUUGCCUACUGUGAGUGAAUAUCUAUUGGGAGCCUUGCAAGGAGCCGACGACGGGUCAGCUACUCCACCCAACAGCUCCAAUGAGAGUCCUUCUUCUGGCGGUUCAACAGCAGAAGGGUCUCAGAUUGCACUGGCAACUAUGCAAAUGCACGGAACAGCCGGAGAUUGUUGGUUGGCCUACUAUGGCAUUGUCUAUGACAUGACACAAUAUGCCCCCAAUCAUCCGGCAUCAUCGAGUCUCAUUACCAAUCAUUGUGGAACGGAUGCAACAAAUGCCUAUGCCUCCGCGCACAGCAGAUCCCUGUUGACGACUGUAGCCAGAUAUCGGUUGGGAGCCUUGGAAGGAACCGACACAUCAGCCUUUCCACCUGCCACCAACAACCCUCCAUCCGAUUCGAGCGAAGAUUAA